GGCCAGGUACGAGAAGCGCGAGGUUCAAAAAUCGGUGCAGGCAGUAAAUUGUGAAGUCGAUCAGUGUUGGAUUAACCCUGGCUGUUGUUAGACGACGAGUCGUCAAAUGAGCUAAAACUAGAUUAGUUGCAUUAAUAGUUUAGGUAGCUAGUUUCGUUUUUGGGAGAGCUAACAGCGGUUCAUAUUUCAGAAUGGCGUUGUAUUUGGCCUCACCUUGUGGACUGGUCUCAGAUGAGGAGGGCGAAACCCCCGUGUUUGAGUCCACAGCAGCCGAGCUGGGAAAUGUGACCAGACCUCGUUUGCCAGAGCUCUCAAUCAUCUCCCCUGGGCUGGAGACCAAAGCAUCCAUAUCAGCACCGAAAACCGCACCAGCAGUUGAAAGACAAGGCAGCAGGGAUGAUGCUAUACCAGAGAAAGUCAAGGUUUAUGUUCGCGUUCGGCCACUCAGCAAGGAAGAAAAAGAGCGGGCAGAGGAACAGGGUUGUGUGACCAUCCAGAAUGAAGACACCCUCCUGCUCAAAGCACCGAAGGAUUCUCAGGCCAUGAAGAGUGCAGAGAGAGGCAUAACACAGAGCAUUCACAAGUUCUCCUUUUCAAAGAUCUUUGGGCCAGAGACUAAACAGCAGGAGUUCUUUGAGGACACCAUGAAGCACAUGGUGAAGGACGUUCUCCUCGGAGAGAACCGACUCCUCUACACAUAUGGAGUGACCAACUCUGGGAAGACCUACACCAUUCAGGGGGUGGGACGGGAGCCGGGCCUGCUGCCCAGGGCCUUGGCCUCCACCUUCAGGAAGCUGCAGGGGCGUCUGUACGCGGGCAUGGACCUGAAGCCGGCCUUGUACCAGGACGUCCGGCGGCUGGACCCCAGGGAGGUGCGGGCCGAGGAGCAGCUCAGAGACUCCCUGCUGCAGGAGGACCAGAGCAUGAGUUCCCGUAGAGGCGGGACUAGCACGACGUGGGACAGCGGCAUCGCAGGGCUCUCCACCAGCAUCAACACCCAGCUGGAAGACUCGGACAACAUGUGCCUGGAUCCAGACAGCCUGUCCCAAAGCGGGGGGGAGUGUCUGGGGGAGGGCGUGCAGUACUCUGUGUGGGUGUCCUACUACGAGAUCUAUAAUGAGUUCCUGUACGAUCUGCUGGAGGCCGCGCCCACCAGCAUGCUCAAGAAGAGGUCCAACCUGAAGCUCAGCGACGACAGGCAGGGCAACCCCUACGUCAAAGACCUCACCUGGAUCCAGGUGCGCAGUGCGGAGGAGGCGUGGCGCGUGCUGCGGGCCGGCCAUCGCAACCAGAGCUUCGCCAGCACCCACCUCAACGAGAACUCCAGCCGCAGCCACAGCAUCUUCUCCAUGCGCCUGCUGCACAUCCACCAGGGGGCUGAGGCCGGCAAGGCAGCGCACAUCAGCGAGCUGACGGUGUGUGACCUGGCCGGCUCGGAGCGUUGCAAGGACCAGAGGAACGGGGAGCGGAUGAAGGAGGCCAACAACAUCAACACCUCCCUUCACACGCUGGGACGCUGCAUCGCUGCUCUGAGACACAACCAGAACAACAGGUCGCGGCCCCCCCAGGUGGUGCCCUUCAGGGAGAGCAAGCUGACCCGCGUGCUGCAGGGCUACUUCAGCGGCCGCGGCAGCUCCAGCAUGGUGGUCAACAUCAACCCCUGCGCCGGCGUCUACGACGAGACCCUGCAGGCCCUCAAGUUCUCAGCCAUCGCCACCCAGUUGCUCCACGGGCCGUCCACCAAGUCCCGGGUGGCGUACAUCCUGUCCCUGCUGAACGAGCCCGCCGCCGCCGCUGCCGCCCUCGACAGCACCUACGAGGAGGAGGACGAGGACGAAGAGGAGAGCGACGAGGAGGAGGGAGACAUGACCAUGUUGAACACCGAGUCCCUGCUGAGGGCCAUCGAGGUGCUGAAGCGGGGCGUGUUCCGCCUGCGCCAGGAGAAGGAGACGCUGGAGGCGGAGGUCCGGGAGCAGGUGGUGUCCGAGACGAUGGAGGUCUUCACCAGCAUGCAGAACGACUUCAGCGCUUCUAUGGAGGCGCAGAGGAAUCUGAUGGAGGAGAAGUAUGAAACCAAUAUAGCCAACCUGCAGAAGAACCUGAAGCGAUAUUACAGUCAGGAGCUGGACGAGCGCGACCAGGAGAUCGCCGCUCUGACCGCGGCCCUGGAGCGGAAGGAGGACGCGGCCCAGCCGGCGCCCUCCACCCUCCCCCUGCCCUCGUCCUCCGAGCCCCCGCUGCCCCGCACCCCCGUGGCCGGCCCGCGCCGCUCGGCACGCCAGGCCGCCGUGGGCACCGCCCAGGCCGACCAAUGCCGCGCCGAGCUGGACCACAGCCGCGCCGAGCUCGACCAAUGCCGCUCCGAGCUGGACCAAUGCCGCACCGAGCUGGCCUCCAGAACACAAGAGCUGAGGCGUGCUGAGGUGCAGAUGGCCGUACCAGGACCCACCAUGGCGCUGACGGGGUCCGCAGACCGCAAGCUGGAGGAAGGCCAGAGGAACCUGCGGCAGCUGAGGCUGAGUCUCCAGAGGCUGGUGGGGAACCUGCAGUCCGGGGAGCGCGCCUGCUGCCGCAACACGGACGGGGAGCGCCUGCGCCAGGCCCUGUCCAGCGCCGACGAGACGCUGGUCAGACAGGACCAGAUCCUAUCGGAGCUCCAGAACGGCCUGCGGCUGAUCAAGGCCGACCUGAGGAGAAAGGACGAGAGCCUGGCUGCGCUCCAGGCCUCCCGACCCCCUCCCUCAGGCUCCGCCUACAUGACCACGCCCACUUCCUGCAAGAAGAGGGGCUGCGGCAACAUGGAGAACCAUCCGCCGGAGAAGCGCACCUUCUUCAACUCACUGUUCCCCGCACGCAUGGGAACGCCCAAAUAUGGCGCCGCCGCCCAGCCCAACACGCCGUCCGCCCGCAUCCUGCGGUCGCGGCAGCAGUCCCCGCCCCCGAGCCCCGCCCCCACACCGCGCUCCUUUAGGGGCAAAUACUGAAGUUUAACUUUCACCCCCCCUGCGGUUAUCAGGGCUAUACAAUUGAUAUACACGUUUGUUGUUGUUUUUGCUACACAGUAUAUAAAUGCGUACCCUCAUGCAUGCAUAUGCCGUCUUGGUCAGUAGUAAAUUUUCUCUGCACAUUAAAAAUAUCCUUUUAUAUUUUGCAUUGUACCACGAGUGUAUGAAGUCGCCCAUGCGGUUUUAUAAUGGCUUGGGAUCCAAUAAAAUUGCUUGUUUUAAUGUUA